AUGCUGCGCGAGCGGCAUGGGGUCGCAGUGCACUGGAAAUGCCUGGUGGCCACAAUUGCCAUCAUCGCCUCUGCCGUCCUGACCAUCGUGGGGAGCGCCUCCGAGGACGGCACAACAUCCGUCAUGUUCGUUGUUGGAAUCGCUCUGCUCGUCAUCUCGGUCAUUUUCUACUUGAUUGAGUUAUUCACCUGUUCCACCGGCUCAUACGUGCACAACGUGCUGUCGACGGAGUCUGCGGUGGAUUACGUAAACCGCCUAAAGCGCACGCAGCCGGUGGUGGGCUACCACAUGUGCUGCUACCAUAUGGAGGUGCGCACGCGAACCAUCACGGAGUCGGACGGCCAGGGAGGGACAAGGACAAGAACGGAGACAUACACUGAGAAGGUGACGACGUGGAACGGCAGCGAAAAUUUCCAUUUUGACACAUGGAAGGACACGUCCGGUUCGGUGUCGGGCUUGAAGGACUACGAUAUGGCCAAACUGCGGCUGUCCAAGGAAAAGGAGUUCAUGGACAGCUACACGCGCGAGUCCUUCGCAGCGAACAGGGCCCGAUUCGUGGAGGCGAAUUGCCACCGCGACGUGUCGUUCGACAUCGAGGACACGCUGGACAUUGACGGCUUCCGCAACAGCGUCCUGGCGCUGCGGGACAUCAACAACAGGCCUUGGUGGCUGCGCCCCGCUGUGUUUUACAUCGCCUCCCUGCUGCUCCUCACCUGGCCAUACCGAAUGCUGCUCAAUUCGCGGGUUGCCAGCACCGAAUUCGGGAUCGUCAAGUCUAUCUCAGCGGAACCUCCCAAAGGGGGUACCGCCCCGGCGAGGGCGACUGCAAUGUUGGUCGUGGAUGUGCGCUAG